GGAACCUGGUACGCAUGCCUCGAAGUCUACCGCGACAUCGGGAAGACCUCGCUUCCAAGGACAACAGUCCUGGAACAUGUAAAGCGUCAAACAGUCAACAGAAUCAAGGAGCGAGACCUGAUCAUCAUUUCUUACUAUUGUGCAUACCUUUCAUGAGAUGGGGUACAAGGGCUCAUCAACCAGACGUGUGCGGCAUUCGUUCCGACCAGAAUUUCUUCCGUCUCCUGCGCGCAUCUUACGAUGCCAACAGAUCAGGGUAUCCAUGGAGUUGGUUGAAGAAAGUGAAGUUCAUCAAUUUUGUCAAGUUCGAGCUACUUCGAAACGAGCUUGUCAAUAUUUCUGACUCUGCUUUUCUGCCAAUCGGCCCAGGCUUCGAAUGCGAACGUCUUGACACUGAACCAAUCAUUGGCUUCAACUUAAUGAUGCAUUUGUUCGAAAACCCAGAUCGCGCUGAUAUUUUCCCCGUGCUCUUCAAAAGGAUUCCUCGAAAGAUGAGGAAACAAUUACAGCCAUGUCCUAUCAGGGGAGGUUCUACCGGGUGGGGCAUACAGUUCGUGGAGUCCUUGAAUGAGCUCUAUGUUUUUCUCUUUGGUUGCGUCGGGUUUCUCGUAUGCUUGGGAAUCUCUGUGACCUGGACCGUAAUCCACGAUGACAUCCAAGGAGGUUUUGCGAUCGGUGGAUUUGUUUUGGCCUUCAUCCUAUUCUGUGGUGGUGUGCUUCACUCUUACGCCGCCUAGAGAGGACGGGAUCCUCGUGAUAAGUGGAGUUGAACAGGCUGUAAGGGUAUCUAUCUGCAUUCUCCAUAGUUUCUAUCAACAUGAAGCAACACAGACCCAGAAGAUAUUUGGAC